CAGGGCUCUGUUCCCCAUAAACGUUUGCAGCAGCUUUUUUGGUUUUUUGACGAAAAAAAUUUCAAUUGAUAAAUUUUACAUUUUUAAUUCAUUUUCUCCAUGGUUUUAAUUGGUAAAUACGUUUAUGAUUAAUUAACAGACCAUAUUAAUUGUGAAAUUAUGUCCUAUUAUACGCGCAAGGAGAUUGAUGAAUUACACGAUGACAUUGCCUCGCUGGCUGCCAAGGCUACGUCGGAUGAGGAGGAGAAACGUUCUGUUAUAUCUUCCAUAGAGCAUUCGCUACACAAUGGCUACGAUCGCCGACGUAUGUGUGAAAAAUUGGAAAAAUAUUUGGAUGCUAAACAAAGUUCACGAUUGGUGGAGAAACUGCAAGACCGUUUAGAUGAGUACAAGAGAAAGGCUCGCAAGCGUAAUGGCGGUUUGGAUGACAACUCUUCAAAACCGGAUGGCUCAGCUCCAGAAGCACCCAAAAAAUCGCGUUUCGAUGUUGUCAUACCAAAAUCGAAUGGAGACAAAGCAACAGUACCGCCCUUAGUUACGGCUAAUCCAGUGCUAUCGUUACCCGUAGCUCCCCCUACCCUAACCACAGCUUCGUCUUCACUAAGUAGCACUCAGAUUAAAUUAAUGAUGGUUAAUGCCCAACGAGAAAUUGAGGAACGCAAAAGGGCUUUAACUCAACUGAAAGCCAAAGAUCCCAUAUUAGCUUCCGUACCACAGAUAGGUCUACCAGUGGCUAUGGCUAGUCAAGCUUUAGCGAAACAGCCACAACCGGAAGAUAUGGAUAAGGCCAAGAAAAUUGCCGAACUGCAAGCACAGAUUCGAGCAAAACUUUCAGGUUCCUUGGCAAAUCUUAUACAACCGCCAGUGGCUCCCACUACUGAUCGUCCCAAACCCUUGAUUUUAGAUGAAGAUGGCCGCACGAUAGAUAAAAGUGGUCGGGCGAUUAAUAUACCCACACUAACGCCAACUCUUAAAGCCAAUAUACGUGCUCAAAAGCGAGAAGUUUUUAGCAAAUCACAAACCUAUUCCGAAAAGUCUUCCUCUCAGGAGGAUACUGUGAAAUUUUUCGAUGAUCGUAUCGCUAUAAAGCCCGGCAAUCGCAACAAAAGAGCUUUGCGUUUCCACGAACCAGGCAAAUUUCAACAGAUGGCCGAGAGAAUGCGCAUGAAAGCUCAACUGGAACGUUUACAGAAUGAAAUUUCACAGAUUGCCCGCAAGACCGGCAUUAGUUCGGCAACAAAAUUGGCACUUAUUGCCCCGAAACAAGAUACGCCCGACGAUGUGCCAUCUAUGGAAUGGUGGGAUUCUGUUAUAUUGACCAACGAUUUGAAUACACUGGAUGAAGAUGGCAAAAUUAGCAUAAGACAGUCGGCAAUUACCAAUUUAAUUGAACAUCCCACACAAAUGAAACCGCCGAAUGAACCCCUAAAACCUGUCUAUUUGCCAGUAUUCCUUACCAAAAAGGAACGCAAAAAAUUACGUCGUCAGAACAGACGAGAAGCAUGGAAGGAGGAACAAGAAAAAAUACGUUUGGGUCUAGUACAACCACCUGAACCCAAAUUACGUAUAUCGAAUCUAAUGCGAGUUUUGGGCACUGAAGCUGUACAAGAUCCAACCAAAAUCGAAGCUCAUGUACGUGAACAAAUGGCCAAGCGACAAAAGGCUCAUGAAGAUGCUAACAAUGCUAGAAAGUUAACGGCUGAACAGAAGAGUGAAAAGAAAAUACGUAAAAUUAAAGAAGACACAUCCUGCGGUGUACACGUGAGUGUUUAUCGUAUACGAGAUCUGCAGGAUAAUGCUAGUAAAAAGUUUAAAGUGGAAACAAAUGCCAAACAGUUGCAUAUGACGGGUACGGUGGUUUUGUUUCGUGACUGUUGUGUUGUUGUUGUCGAAGGCGGGCCUAAACAGCAAAAGAAGUACCGACGUCUUAUGUUGCAUCGCAUUAAAUGGGAGGAGGAUAUGGUUAAGGGUCCAGAUGGCCAAGAAGUUCCUAAUUCCUGUGUGUUGGUCUGGGAGGGUACUAGUCAACGGCGACAUUUCGGUGAAAUAAAAUUUAAAAUUUUUCCCAUGGAAAAAAUGGCCAGAGAAUUCUUUCAGAAACAUCAGGUCGAACAAUAUUGGGAUUUAUCAUACUCUGGAGCUGUUUUAGAAGCUUCUACCGAUGAGUAAAUGUUAUUGCUGAAGGUCACAUGUGUUAUUUCUAAAAAACGAAAUUCUUAUAUUUAGGUCUAUAUUCAGGAAAAAAACUUUUCUUUAUAAAAAAUAACAAAAAUAAAAAAAUUGAUUUUUGGAAAAUCUA